UUACUACAUCAGUCGUGUUUACUUUUCACCAAAGUUCUUUAUCUUUUUAUGAUAUAGGUACUUUGGAAGUGCUAUAAUCCAGGCAUCAAUUGAUCGUCUUCACCCCUUCCUAAGCUUGAACAAUCAUCGUCCACCUGGAACUCAUUUGAAUCUUGCUGAGCAUUGAGUUGAAUUUCUAUUGCACUAUAAGAGGUGGAUCCACUCAAUCAUGGUGUACUGUGGCAAACCGAGUCGAGGAUGCCAGAUGUGCAAGUCUCGACAUAUUAAGUGCGACGAAAUUCGGCCUAGUUGUACACAGUGUACACGAACACGCCGCGAAUGUCCAGGAUAUCCCAAUGAGUUCGAUCUGAUCUUCCGGAAUGAGACGUCUGCUGUCACGAGAAAAGCUCAAAGGAAGAAAGGUGGGAGUCCGUCGCAACUCUCGCAAGGCAGUCCUCAAUCGCAAAGUUCAUCGACAUCUCCGGUACCGACAAGAAAGUCGACCACUAGAGCCAAUUCUUUGGUUCCGACCGAUCAAACCGUGGACGUUGCUUCAUCAAGAAUCGAUCCCGUGAUCGGUAAGUUGUUGGAAGAUGGAUCGGAUAUCACGGUCAAGAUCCUCGGUGCCCAUCCAACUCCUAUGGAUCUCUUAAUCCAGCAAAAGUUCAUGGAUGAAUGGCAUAUCCUACCGGACUUCCUGAACAUAUCUUCCCACGAAAAAGCCACGAAUUUCUUCUUCCGAAAUUUCGUCAUGAACUUACCUCAGCAUUCGGGUAGCAUGCGAGGUUAUUUAGAACAUCUCAUCCCCAUGUACAACAACUCGAUGACUGGUUCGGCUAUUCAAUUAGCCACUCAUGCCGUUUCGUUAGCCGCAAUGGCCAACUACCCAGGCCAUAAACACCUUCGGCAAGAAGCACGGGAAGCUUACAGCAAAGCCAUGUAUGAGGUCUCCAAGGCCAUUCAAGACCCGAUCUUGGCAAGAUCCGACGAGAUUUUGGUGUCCACUCUUCUGUUCGGCUUGUUUGAGGCUAUAUCUGCGACCGUUCAAGACACGAAUACUUGGUGUAGUCAUGUGGAUGGGGCGGUGGCAUUGGUCAAGAUUCGUGGAAAGGAGAUGGUCAAAGGUGGCCUUCCUCUCGACCUGUUCCGCGCGGUGAGGAGUGUGAUGCUUACCGGAGCUAUUCAACGUGGCAAAGCUAUCGACGACUUUCCCGACCCAAAAGGAUGGUUCUGUGAUGAUGAGAGCGAACAGAACCCUGCGAAUCGUCUCACGCUUAUCGCCCUCCGAUUGCCAGCGGUUCGAGUCGAGGCCACCGAACUCCUCCAAUUACCCAGGACAUCAGACACGAUUACUCGUAUUUUGGAAAUGAUCAAAAUGGCCCAGGAAAUCGACGCGGAGUUAGAGGAUUGGCCCAACACACUCCCGGACACGUUCAGUUUCCGGACUAUUUCUGUGGAGCCGGUCAUUCAACCGCACGAAGAUCCAGCGACAUUCCCCAAAUGGCAGGGUCCAGUCCAUGUCUAUGAAGAUGUCCACACGGCAAACUGCUGGAACGAUUAUCGAAUGACUCGCAUCUUCUGCCAAUCGGUCAUAUUAUUGUGUGCCGCUACCCUUGGUUCUCCUGCAUACCAAGAACAGCUCCAGGAGGUAUUAAUCCGAGCCAACUAUGCCAUUCAAGAAAUGGCCGAUGGUGUUUGCUCAAGUUUGCCUUUCCAUAUGAAUCCCGAAUGUCAACCGGAAGUUCGGGAAUUUGGUCCAGAUGAAAUCGGACCCGAAGCGACUGGAAGUUAUUUCAUCAUUUGGCCUAUGUUCGCCAUUUCCCAACUACCGCAGUUGUCCGAUCAGCAGAAGCAAUGGGUUCUCGGGGCCUUGUACCGUAUUGGAAAGAAUUUCGGGUUGAACUGGGCGCAAACGCUUUUCGUUGCUCAGCGUCACAUCAUUACACAGUCAAGCGGACCGAUGGCCGAGUUAACGACGUGAGGAUACGAUCGAACAACCAUCAAGUGUUUAGGAACGUCGUUUUCAACUUGGUGAGGAAUCAAGGAAGUGAAGGAGUUCAGGGCCACCUGGCUGAGGCUCCUAGGGGUUCGGUACCGGUUAGAAGGCCUGGGCAAGCUCAUUGAAUACUUGCUUGG